AUGCAUUUACGUGGUAAAGAGGCACUAACUUAGAAGAAUAGCAGAUAAGAUUGUAGAGUAUUUUUAAGGCCUCUAUCUUCUCAAGCAAAAGCUAGCAGCAGAGCAGAGCCAAGAAAGGAAGAAAGAAAAAAAAAAUGGCCUCAGCAUCACUUCUCAAGUCCUCACCAGUUCUUGACAAGUCUGAGUUUGUGAAGGGCCAGUCCCUCCGGCAGCCUUCCGCCUCCAUUAUCCGGUGCCACCCCACUGCCCCCUCUGCCCUCACCAUUCGUGCUGGCUCCUACGCUGAUGAGCUUGUCAAGACUGCGAAAACCAUUGCAUCACCUGGACGUGGUAUUUUGGCCAUGGAUGAGUCCAAUGCUACCUGCGGGAAACGUCUUGCAUCAAUUGGAUUGGAGAACACAGAGGCUAACCGCCAGGCCUACCGAACCCUUCUGGUGACAGCUCCUGGCCUCGGCCAAUACAUUUCUGGUUCUAUUCUCUUUGAAGAGACUCUCUACCAAUCCACCACUGAUGGCAAGAAGAUGGUUGAUGUUCUUGUUGAGCAAAACAUUGUCCCUGGUAUCAAAGUCGACAAGGGUUUGGUGCCUCUUCCUGGUUCCAACAAUGAGUCAUGGUGCCAAGGUCUUGAUGGUCUCGCCUCCCGCACAGCUGCUUAUUACCAGCAAGGUGCUCGUUUCGCCAAAUGGCGUACUGUUGUGAGCAUCCCCAAUGGCCCAUCUGCUCUGGCUGUGAAGGAAGCUGCCUGGGGUCUCGCCCGCUAUGCUGCUGUUUCUCAAGACAAUGGAUUGGUCCCAAUUGUGGAGCCAGAAAUCUUGCUUGAUGGUGAGCAUGGCAUUGAUAGGACAUUUGAAGUAGCACAGAAGGUCUGGGCUGAGGUUUUCUUCUACUUGGCUGAGAACAAUGUCAUGUUUGAGGGUAUUCUUCUCAAGCCUAGCAUGGUUACUCCUGGAGCUGAAUGCAAAGACAGGGCCACUCCUCAGCAGGUUGCAGACUACACCCUCAAUCUCCUCAAGAGGAGAAUCCCCCCAGCCGUUCCCGGAAUCAUGUUCUUGUCUGGUGGACAAUCUGAGGUUGAAGCAACCUUGAACCUGAACGCCAUGAACCAAGGUCCAAACCCAUGGCAUGUGUCCUUCUCAUAUGCAAGAGCUCUCCAGAACACUUGCCUCAAGACCUGGGCUGGCAGACCUGAGAAUGUCCAGGCUGCUCAGGAGGCACUUCUUAUCCGUGCCAAGGCCAACUCACUUGCUCAGCUUGGCAAGUACACCGGCGAAGGAGAAUCAGAGGAAGCCAAGAAAGGAAUGUUCGUCAAGGGCUACGUGUACUAAGCUACAGAAUGAAGGUUGAAGGAGAAAUCAAAUGCAAGAUUAAUUUCUCACUGUGUGUUAAAAUGCUUUAUAGCCUUGCAGACUAUUUUUGUUCUUUGUUAUAACAUGUACUUUUAGCCACCACUUAAUAAGCCAUUUGCUGAUGAGAUUAGUUAGUGUGUACUUGAUAUGAUGCACCAUAUACUGAAAUGCUUCAUUUUGUUUAA